AUGGAUAAAAGAAUUAUUGAAUGUUCAUCAAAAAAAGAAUUUGACCAACUUGGGAAAUAUCUUGAUGAGGUUGACAUUAAUGAGAUAUUGAACUUAGUAAACACUCUGCUAAAUGACGAGUCAAAGUUUUGCAAAAAUGAUGAAUAUGGAUGUUUAUCAAUUAUUGCUGCUAUUUUUAAAUCAUCAGUUAUUGAUGAUUAUUUAGAAAACUAUGAAUUACAAGAAUUGAGAAAUAAAAGACAUGCUAUAAUUAUCAAAGAAAUUAUUAAAUGGUUAUCAGGAAAAAAUGAUGAAAAUUCUCCAUUGUUAGAAAGUACAUUAAAUGAUUUGGUGUCAAUAUGCAUUAAAGAGAUAUCACUUAGUUCGCUGGAUUCUCCAAUCACAGUACAAAUAUUUGUAGAGUGCAUCAAUUGUAUAAUUCAAGCUAUAGGGAGUUGUAGACCAUUAUACAAAAAAUUUUUUUCAUUUUUGCCAAAUUUGAUGUACAUUCUAGAACCUUGGACUGAAAUGUUGAUUCUUCCAUCUGGCGAAUCAAUGACAAUUCAGGAUUAUAAAUAUUAUCUAAUAAGUAAAAUGUGUUGUUCUAGAUGGAAUACAAAAAAUGUUCUAAGCCUAACUGGUGAAUUGAGGGAUAUUCAAAUGUCAGAUAAUGAGUUGGAAUUGGUGAUCAACAAAAUUUUGAGACAAUUUGAUUCAACAGAAAUCAAUGAACUUCCACUAUUAAUUUUUCAAUUACUUUUACUAUCAAGAAAGGGACAUAAAAAUCUUGUAUUAAAAGGUAUAUCUGAAUACUUUAGUGCUUUAGAUGAGGAAAUUAAGGAGUCCCAUAAUCAAAAUGAUGAAAAACAAAAUAAUUCUAUGGAUUCCAUAUCAUAUACACAACUUAAUAUUAUGGAAGGAACUAUUAUUAUUCAUAUCAAUUUUGCUAUAACACAAGACCAAGAAUUAGGAAAUGAAUUUCUUAGAUACAUGAAAUCUGGUAAAGCAUCACUUUUGACUCCAUUCAAUCUUUGCUGUUUAUUAUCAAUGGCAAGAAUCCAUAGAUUCCAAGAUUUAGUUUUCGAUUAUCUAAAGUCAUCUAUAAUGGCUGUUUAUAAAGACAAAGAAAAACUCGAAAGUGCAAAAUGGAUCUCAAAGUUAGAUAUAUCGCAAAUAGUUAGUUUAAUACCACUAGAUGAUCUUUUUAAAAAGGUAUUGAAAAAAACAUCCUUUGGUUACGAUAAUGUAAUUCAAAGUUUAGUACAGCUAGGAACUUUUAUCAUGGACUCUACUAUUUCAUCGGCUUCUUGUGUAAAGAUUACUGAGAAAAAAAUUGGAUCAAAAACACCAAAUGAAGCUGCUAGUGAUUUGGGUGUAAUCAUAUUAUUAGAAAUGUUCAAGAUGCAUGAGAUGGUUCGUGUUGAAAUUUUGGAUCAAAUACAGUCUCGUGUUGUAUCAAGGUCACCUAGUGUUGGUCAUUUUUUGACUUUAUUAGAAAUAAUUGUAAAAGAAAAACCUGAUUCUUUAAAUGAUUAUAUACAAAGAAUUAAAGGAACUCUUGAUCACUUUUCACUUCUUCCAUCUUAUAUUGCAGAUCAUCUUUUACGUGCAUUACAGCCAAUAAUUUAUAGAAACAUUUCAAUUCGUGAUGGACUUAUGUUGGUUUUGAGAAAAUGUGUAUUACGUAAAUGCUACAGUCAACAGUCUCAAAUUCGUCUUUCUUUAUAUGAAGGCUUGAGUAAAUUGAUGGAUGAUAUUCAAGAUCUUAAUCCUGUCAUAUUUGAUAUAUUAUAUUUUCAAUUUCAACGAUUUUUGGAAAUGCAAACAGAUGUUCAUUUUACAGUUAAUUUAGAAAGUUGUAUUGAAACCAAUAAUGGUACACCAAGCAUUGCUGAGCCUUUACCACGUUUAUUUUCUUGCUUAAGCAAAUCAAUAACUAGUUAUAAAAAAAAACAAAAUUCUGGACAAGAUGAAUUUGAUGAAUCACAACUUUCAGAAUGUGUAAAUAAGUUGGAUUUAUUGGCCGAAAAAUUUGCUUAUUCAGAAAUGAUUGAAUUUAGAAUUAGCGAGGAUGCUGAUUAUAAAAUGGUAACUAAUGUGGGCAUCCAAAAUAACAUGUGUGCUUCUUUAUUGCUUGGAUGUUAUGAGGCAUCAAUUGAAUAUAUUUUUUUUUCACGUGAAAAAAAUAAUGAUACUUCAAAUUUGAUAUUAAAAUUAUUUAAUAAAUAUUUGGAACUUUUUAUGAUCCUAAAAGAAAAAUCUGUAAAUGCUAGAGGUCGAAAAACUGUAGCCUCAGUCACGGAAUAUUCUAUUCUAAGUUUCAAAUGUAUUGUCGAACUCUUUCAACUCACAUUUAAUACCUUCGAUUGCCAAGUCUCUAAUAAUGCUGGAACAAUUUUAAGAUCAAAUUCAGAUUUUGUAAACUAUAUAACUGCUUUAGCACAUAAUAAAAUAUCUCAGAUUACAACAAAUUUUGAUCCAGGAGAUCAAUCAACAUUAAAAUAUUGCAUAUCAUUGGCUCAAGUGUUCAUGAAUGAAUUUAUUAAAAAAAACAAAGCAAACAUCAAUUGUUUACAAAUUGAUAAUAAAAAUCAAUCUAUACUUGCAACAGCAAUUGAAAGUUUUAUGUUAUUAUGUAAAGUAAUAUUGAAGUGUUGGCCGGAUAAACUGAUGGAUUUCUUGGAAAUGUCUUACCCAUCAGAUGAAAAAAAACUUAUAAUCACAUCGUUAAGUGAACAAAUACCACGAAUUAAAGAAGCAUCAGAAUUAUGCCAAAUAAUAACAUUAUUAUCAUCAUAUUUCACGUUUAACUCCAAUGAGAACCAAUCUAAAGGACACCAAGAAUUGAUCAUAUGGCUUAGAAUGUUAUGUAAAGAGCAUGCAAUUGAUAAUGUUGCUCUGACAAAAAUAAUUGUUAGUAUGUUGAUCAAACUGGAAAAAGAAAUGUCAGAUUUUGAUAUAGUGUCAGAGUUUGGACGUGAUAUAUUAUCUGUUCUGGGAAGUUGUGAUGUUUAUUCAGAGUCAGAUGAAUCACAAAUGCCGAAAUUUGCCAUUGUUAAUUCAAGAACCAGUAAUAUUGUUUGCGUUAUAUUACUUGAGUUUAUAGAGCAAACCUAUGAUGAAAUCGAAUGGCUAUUAAUCAGAAUGAAAUUAAUCAAUAGUAAAAAAGGAUAUAAUGAUGAUGAAGAACCAAUUGAUCUUAAAGAAUUUGAAAAUUCAAUUUGUAAAAAAUUGGUCAUCCUGAUUAAUACUUUGAUACAUCUUGAACAAACCUCACUUCAAUCAGCCCCAUCUGAAACAUUAAUUAAAUGUUUACAAAAAACAUACAAAGUUUUGCAAUCUUUAAUUAAAUAUAAAAUUGCAGAAGCAGGAGAGAUAAGUAAACAAUUCAUUGAUGUUGUUGAAAAGACUGGUCUACAUUUAACAGAACAUUUGUAUAGUUUUAUUAUGUCGUUUGGGCAAACAAAUGAAGCAGCUCGAAUUGCAAGAGAAUCUAAAAUGGUGCCUAAAUUGAUUUUCAUGAUAGAACAAUUUGAGCGUUAUUUAAUACAAUUGUCAAAAAAAUCAAAAAAGGCAAACUUAAUCCAAUAUAUUAAACGAUCAACUGCUCGAGAUUUUAGAAUUGAAACAAAAAAGAUUGAUGAACUUGAAAAUAAAAUUGAUGAUGAUGACAAUAAUAAAAAGAAAAAACCAAACACAAAAAAGAAAACCAAAAAGAAUAAUCAAGACAAAAAUGAAGAUACCGGAAUGAAUGGUGGUGAAAACGGAGAAGUUGUAGAAAAUGCACAAAAUGGAGAGGCAGAAGACGUGAAUAUGAGUGUUAUUCUUCACUGA